AUGAGAAUUGUGGUUAUUGGUGCAGCACCGACAGGCCUUGGUGUAGCCUAUCGUCUUCAUCAGUUGCAAAAUAAUAACAUCGAUGUUGCUAGAAAUGUUGAAUUAAUUGUUUUGGAAAAGGAGUUAUCACCUGGUGGAUUGAGUCGUACAAUUAUGGAUGAAAAUGGAUUUUUUUGGGAUAUGGGUGGGCAUGUUACUUUUGAUCAUAAUUUUCCAUAUUAUAAAGAGGCAAUAUGUUGGGCGAUCAGUGAAUGGAAUAUUUUGACGAGAAAUUGCCAGGUUGAUAUCAGUUAUAUGUUCAACGAGAAAGGUUUACAUCUUGUACCAUAUCCAGUACAAUAUGCAAUACCGAUGUUUCCAGCAAAUAUUAAAAAAAAGUGCUUGGGAGAUCUACGAGAGAGAUGUAAAAAACCAAAGGAUACAAAUCAGCCAAAAAAUUUUGAUGAAUGGAUUAACGAAAAUUUUGGUCCAACGUUGAGAAAUUAUUUCUUCAAGCAGUAUACUCAAAAGGUUUGGACUGUGAAACCAGAUCAAAUGAAUUCGAUAUGGGUAGGAACACGAGUUGCAAAAAUGCCUUAUGAAAAAUUGGAGAAACUUUGUGCUAUGAAUGAAAAACAUUUGCAAGUAAUUGACAUUGAUGCAAAAGGUAAAUUGAUUACAUAUGAAGAUGAACGGUAUGGAAAGGUGAAACUUAAUUACGACAUACUUAUUAAUACAGGACCUAUUGAUCAACUAAUCAAAUGUACUAAAUUAUGUCAAGAACUUGAUUUAAAAUACAAUAAGGUAUUUGUAAUAGGUAUUGGUUUAAAAAAGCCAGUAAAUCGUAUCGCAGAGCAAUUCACUUGGCUUUAUUUCCCGGAAAAUACUGUACCAUUUUAUCGUGUUACAUUUUUAUCACGUUAUGGUGAAAUGACCCCUGAUAAUGAUAAAUAUUGGUCAGUACUAUGUGAAUCAGCUUAUACCAUUAAUGAUAAUAAUAUUACUAUGGAAGAAAUAAAAGAAAAAACAAUUGAAUGUUUGAUACGAAAAACAAUUAUUUUACGUGAACAAAUUGUUAGUGUAUUUUCAAUAUUAUUAUCAUAUGGUUAUCCAAUACCAACUGUUAAUCGUGAUAAAGAAUUAACACGUGCACAUCAAAUUCUCGAAAAACAUGAAAUAUAUUCGAGAGGACGAUUUGGUGGUUGGAAAUAUGAAGUAGCAAAUCAGGAUCAUUGUUUUAUGCAAGGUAAAGAGAUUAUUGAUCGAAUAUUAUUCGAUAAACCGGAAACAGUAUACAAAAAUGGAUUAUCAAGCAUUGCAAAAGGAUGA